UCGAAGCCUCCGGCAGACGAAGAUAACCGAGCUCCGAAAGCCCCGCAAGGGAGGGGGGGAGCGGCUCCAGGGAUGAAGAGAGCCGAUUGGCGCCGAGGUGGAGGCGGAAACACCCGAGCGGCUUCGGAGGAACCCGGGGAGUUCUGAGUGGUAAUCGAGGGGUUGAUUAUGGCAGUGGGCGGGGUCAGCUCGGUACGUUCGAAGGGCGUUGGCGGAAAUUACCGAAGAUGCCCGAAGCCGUCGGGACGGACCCGAGUACCUCACGCAAGAUGGCGGAGCUGGAGGAGGUGACUCUGGACGGGAAGCCUCUUCAGGCGCUGCGGGUGACCGACCUGAAGGCCGCACUGGAGCAGCGAGGCCUGGCGAAGAGCGGGCAGAAGAGCACCCUGGUCAAGCGACUCAAAGGGGCUCUAAUGCUAGAGAAUUUACAGAAACACUCGACGCCCCAUGCUGCAUUCCAGCCAAAUUCCCAGAUUGGCGAGGAAAUGAGCCAGAACAGUUUCAUAAAACAGUAUCUGGAAAAGCAGCAGGAGCUGCUUAGGCAGCGUCUGGAACGUGAAGCUCGAGAAGCUGCAGAACUUGAAGAAGCUUCAGCUGAGUCUGAGGACGAGAUGAUCCAUCCUGAGGGAGUGGCUUCCCUGCUGCCUCCUGACUUUCAGAGCAGCCUGGAGAGACCAGAGCUGGAUCUCAGCAGACAUUCGCCCAGAAGAGGCUCCUCUGUUUCUGAAGAGAAGGGUGAAUCAGAUGAUGAGAAACCCAGGAAAGGAGAGCGACGGUCAUCCAGGGUCAGACAGGCAAGAGCAGCUAAACUCUCUGAGUGCAGUCAGGCUGCAGAAGAGGAAGAAGAUCAAGAGGCACCUUCCAGAAACCUGAGGGUCAGAGCAGAUCGAAAUGUGAAAACAGAGGAGGAAGAGGAGGAGGAGGAAGAGGAAGAAGAAGAAGAGGAAGAAGAGGAGGAGGAAGAUGAUGAUGAUGAGGGACAAAAAUCUGGGGCUGCACCAGUCCUGAAGCAGAUUGAGGAAGAAGUCGGGGGAGAGCUGCCCAGAACGAAACCAGAGGACGUGAUGGAUGAGAAACCCCAAAGCGUAAAAUCCCAAGAGCAGGAAGGGUUAGAGCGAGGAGGGAGAGUUACAAGGUCGCAGGAAGAGGCAAGAAGAAGUCAUCUGGCCAAACUUCAGCAGGAGAAAGAGAUCAAAAUAGUUUCUCCCCUUGAGGAAGAAGAAAAAGAAGUAAAACCUUCAAAAGCCUUGGAGGAAAAAUCAAAGUCCCCUUCUCCUCCUCGACUGAUGGAAGAUCUGGAGAAGACCCCUCAUGCACUACAACCCGAGCAGACUAUCAGCGAAGAGGAGACUCCUCCACCUUUACUUACCAAGGAAGCAUCUUCACCACCCAAUACGCGGUUCCAGAGUGAGGAAGUAGAGCCUAUGGAAGGCCCAGCACCACCUGUGCUCAGUCAGUUAUCUCCUCCUAACACAGAAGCUGAAGCCAAGGAGUCAGUAGCGCAGCACACAGUGCAGUUGGUGGGAGACCUGUCUCCUCUGUCAAGUCCUGCAGACACCAAAGCAGAAUCUCCAGCAGAGAAAGAGGAGAGUGCCUUGCCUCCAGUUCAGAAAGACACACUCAUUGAAUCUACCCAGAAAAGUCUUGAAACUGAAUCAGAAAAGUCUGCCCAACCUCUCCCUCCGAAAACUGUGGAAUUGGCACUGGCCAAAGAGAUCGGCGAGGAAUCUCUGAGACAGCCUUCUUCGGAACAGAUGAAAAACAGGAGGGCUUCUCCUGCCCUUCUCCCAAGCCACAGAUUGGAACGGUCAGCUGACUCAUCCCCUAGCCGGUCCUCCUCUUCAUCCUCCAGUUCUAGAUCGAGAUCUCGAUCUCCUGAUAGCUCAGGCUCUCAGUCUCACUCACCUCCAAGAGCCAAGCAGAAAGAUUCAUCUCAGCCGCAAACUCUCGGCAACCCUUGUGGGAGAUCCAAGAUGGGCUCCAGAUCAACGUCAGAGUCCAGGUCACCUUCGCCUUCUCGUUCAGCCUCAAGUAACAGCAGAAAAUCUCUGAGCCCCGGUGUCUCCAGGGACAGCAGCACCAGCUACACUGAAACCAAAGAUCCCUCUUCUGGUCAGGAGGUUACAGCUCCAGCAGUGCCACAACUGCACAUCCUUGAGCCAAAGGAGAAGACCUCAGUCUCAUCCUCUGUGCAAGUGAGGCGCAUGAGCCAGCCGGAGCCGGCCGGAAAGCACAUGACCCAGGGGUUACAGCCAGAGCCGGGGAGCCCAAAGAAGUGUGAAGCUGAAGACGCAGAGCCACCAGCUGCCACACAGCCCCAAACUUCAGAGACUCAGAGCUCUCACCUACCAGAAUCAGAAAGGACUCAUCAUACUGUUGAGGAGAAGGAGGAAGUAACCAUGGACACAAGUGAAAACAGACCUGAAAAUGAGGUUCCAGAGUCCCCCAUGCCCAUUGCAGACCAAGUUAGCAACGAUGACCGCCCAGAGGGCAACACUGAAGAUGAGGAGAAGAAAGAGAGCUCAACGCCCAAAUCAUUCAAGAGGAAGAUCUCCGUUGUCUCUACCAAGGGGGUGCCAGCUGGAAACAGUGACACAGAGGGAGGCCAGCCUGGUCGGAAACGGCGUUGGGGAGCCAGCACAGCUACCACACAGAAGAAGCCUUCCAUCAGUAUCACCACAGACUCGCUCAAGGAGGCUGUUGUGGAUCUUCAUGCUGACGACUCCCGAAUCUCUGAGGAUGAGACCGAGCGGAAUGGUGACGAUGGCACACAUGACAAGGGACUGAAAAUAUGCCGGACUGUCACUCAGGUUGUACCUGCAGAAGGCCAGGAGAAUGGGCAGAGAGAAGAGGAGGAGGAGGAAGAGGAGAAGGAGCCUGAAGCAGAACCCCCUGUACCUCCCCAGGUUUCAGUAGAGGUGGCCUUGCCCCCACCGGUGGAGCAUGAAGUAAAGAAAGUGACUUUAGGAGACACAUUAACUCGAAGAUCCAUCAGCCAGCAGAAGUCAGGAGUUUCCAUCACGAUUGAUGACCCAGUCCGAACUGCUCAGGUGCCCUCCCCUCCCCGGGGCAAGAUCAGUAACAUUGUCCACAUCUCCAACUUGGUUCGCCCCUUCACCUUAGGCCAGCUGAAGGAAUUGUUGGGACGUACCGGUACUCUGGUGGAAGAGGCCUUCUGGAUCGACAAGAUCAAAUCCCACUGCUAUGUCACGUACUCAACAGUAGAAGAAGCUGUUGCCACCCGCACAGCUCUGCAUGGGGUCAAAUGGCCCCAGUCCAAUCCCAAGUUCCUUUGUGCUGACUAUGCUGAACAGGACGAGCUGGACUAUCACCGGGGGCUCUUGGUGGACCGUCCCUCUGAGACGAAGGCAGAGGAACAAGGGGUACCUCGUCCCCUGCACCCUCCACCCCCACCCCCAGCCCAGCCUCCACAGCACCCCCGAACAGAGCAGCGGGAGCAGGAGCGGGCAGUGCGAGAACAGUGGGCAGAACGGGAACGGGAAAUGGAGCGGCGAGAGCGAACUCGUUCUGAGCGGGAAUGGGAUCGAGACAAAGUUCGAGAAGGGCCUCGUUCCAGAUCACGGUCCCGUGACCGCCGUCGCAAGGAACGUGCUAAGUCUAAAGAAAAGAAGAGCGAGAAGAAAGAGAAAACUCAGGAGGAACCACCUGCCAAGCUGCUCGAUGACCUUUUCCGAAAGACCAAGGCAGCUCCCUGCAUCUACUGGCUCCCGCUGACUGACAGCCAGAUUGUUCAGAAGGAGGCGGAGCGGGCUGAGCGGGCCAAGGAGCGGGAGAAGCGGCGAAAGGAGCAAGAAGAGGAGGAGCAAAAGGAGAGGGAGAAGGAAGCAGAACGGGAGCGGAACCGACAACUGGAGCGGGAGAAACGGAGAGAGCAUAGCCGGGAGAGAGACCGGGACAGGGAGAGGGACAGAGAGCGGGACAGGGGAGAUCGGGACCGGGAGAGGGACAGAGACAGGGACAGGGACCGAGGCCGUGAGAGGGACCGCAGAGACGCCAAGCGCCACAGCAGGAGCCGCAGUCGGAGCACACCUGUGCGGGAUCGGGGCGGGCGCCGCUAGCGGGCAGGACACUCUAAGGGAAAGCUGCAUGUGUCAGCCGCCCUGACCCAGGAGUUGAGGCCAUAGAGGGCUAGGUACACUCUCCAACACCCUGGAACCAAGGGUUGCCCACACCAUUUGCUCAGUACUGAAGUAUGGCUGCCACCUGCCCCCACACACCAAUGGAGCAGUGGCCACUUUCCCCCCAGCCCCAUAACCUCUCUCUUGAUACCUGGCCCUCUCCACUCUCUGGUGUCCUGUUAAGUCUGAGAGGGAAGAGUUAGGUUAGGGAGGAAGGUGGCCAGCCUAGAGGUGGGGAGCAGCCAGGACCCCCAGGUAUCUCCUCCAUCCUGCUCACCACCUCCCCUGGGGAACAGCUGGGGCCAGGACUGGGUCACCUAUGAGCUGAAUCAGCAUCUCCUCCUGAGUCCCGGGACCCCUGCAGUUCCCAGUUCUCUUCUGCCCUGCAGUGUGCCCUCCUGCCCACCGGUUCCACUUUAUAUCCACCUUUUUCUUCUGUUCAAUUUUUAUUUUUAUUUUUUUUAUUAUUAAAUGAUGUGGUCUAUGGAAAAAUAAAAAUCUGACUUAGUUUUAA